AUCCCCCCACACCCCCUGCUCCUUGCUCCUUUCCCUCGAUUCCCAUUCAUAAAAGACCGCUCAUCCCACCGGCUACUGUCCUCUUCUCCUUUCUCUUCCUCGUGGUCCCUAAUCCAGAUCCAGUCUGUCUAUCCUUGACGCGCCUUGUCUACCGAGUUAACCUCCCUGACAUCCCGACAACAUCGGCUGCGACAGGCCGCAAACACCAAUGUCCAAGGAGGACGCCGAACUCGGCGUGGCCUCGGCCACGCCUCCUCUCGAGGGCGAUGAGAAGGCCAUCCAGGAUCGCCCUCAGCCCGGCGACGGCAACAUUCCGCACGACUUCCGUGAGCUGGACUUCUGGACCCGUAACGGUCUGAACUUGCGGUCCUUCACCAAGCGUGACUGGGGCACUGGCGAUAUCGAACUUGAUCGUUCCAUGAAGACGCGCCACUUGCACAUGAUCGCCAUCGGUGGCUCCAUCGGUGCUGGUUUCUUCGUCGGCUCCGGCUCCGCCCUCACUCGUGGCGGUCCCGGCUCUAUCCUCAUCUGUUUCUCCAUCGCUGGUGUGAUGAUCUUCAACGUCGUUCAUGCCCUUGGUGAACUCGCUGUUAUGUAUCCCGUCUCUGGUGGCUUCUACACGUACUCGGUCCGCUUCAUCGAUCCUUCCUGGGGCUUCGCAAUGGGUUGGAACUAUGUUUUCCAAUGGCUCAUCGUUCUACCGCUUGAAUUGACUGUCUGCUCUUUCACCGUCGAGUAUUGGCGCAGAGAUGUCAGUCCGGCCGUAUGGAUUACGUUCUUCUGGGUCGUCAUCAUUGUUGUCAAUAUCUUCGGUACACUGGGCUAUGCUGAGGAGGAGUUCAUGAGCUCUGUCUUCAAGCUCGCAGCCAUUGUCAUCUUCAUGAUUGUCGCCAUUGUUCUUAUCUGCGGUGGUGGUCCCGCCGGCGGUAAGUACGACGAAUACUGGGGAAGUCGGCUGUGGCAUACCCCUGGCGCGUUCCAGAACGGCUUCCGUGGCUUCUGCUCCGUCUUCGUCACGGCAGCUUUCUCGUACGCCGGUUCCGAGCUUGUCGGUCUUGCCGCUGCCGAGUCGGCAAACCCCGCGCGUGCCCUGCCCGGUGCUAUCAAGCAGGUCUUCUGGCGUAUCACCCUCUUCUACCUCAUCGGUCUCAGUCUCGUCGGCCUGCUUGUCAGCUCUCGGGACCCUCGUCUGCUGAAUGCCCGGAACCCGUACGCUGAGGGUACUUCGCCCUUCGUCCUGGCUGCUCUGGAUGCCGGCCUGUACGGCUAUGACUCGUUCAUGAACGUUGUCAUUUGCAUCUCUGUCGUCUCCAUCGGCGUCUCGUGCGUCUACGGCGGCUCUCGCACCCUUUCCGCCCUCGCCAAACAGGGCUACGCCCCCCAGAUCUUCACCUAUGUUGACAAGUCGGGUCGCCCUCUCGCCUCCGUUGUCUUCCUGCUUAUCUGGGGUGCUCUGGCCUAUGUGGUGCUGGCGGCUCAUGGCAGCGUCGUCUUUGAUUGGCUCCUGGCCUUGUCCGGCCUUGCUGCCCUCUUCACCUGGGGUUCCAUCUGCUUGGCCCAUGUUCGUUUCCGCAAUGCCUGGAACAGCCAGGGCCGUUCCAUGGACCGCAUCCCCUUCAAGGCUGCCGGUGGUAUCUACGGCUCUUAUGUUGGCCUUCUGCUCUGCGGCGUCAUUCUGGCUGCCCAGGUUUACGUGGCCAUCGACCCCGGCCCAACCCCUGAGGGCGAAACCCCCCCGACUCCUGGCGACAGAGCCGAGAACUUCUUCCUCAAUGUUCUUGCGCUGCCCGUCGUUCUCUUCUUCUGGCUGUGCGGUUACUUGUGGAAGCGUACUGGCUGGCUCCGCCUUGACCAAAUCGACCUCGACACUGGUCUCAGGGAGCACAACUGGGACGAGAUCAACGAGUACCGGGCCGUCGUCGCCUCUUGGCCCAAAUGGCGCCGGGCUCUCCACUACGUCUUUUAGGGGGAAAAUAGCUCCUGCAUCGGGGUCUGUUUUGCUCUUCCUUAAUACGUGAGGAAUUAAUUUCGCAAGGUCGUGUAUGGGCACAUGUCGUUGCCACCGUCUGCUGGCACGCUCGUCAGUCCACCUCACGGCCUGUGAGCUGAUCAUCACAUCUUGGGAGACUCGUUGGAUUCUUUCCUGUUUUUGAUUCCAUCUACAUGCCACAUGUCUGUUUGUGUCAAGUAGUAGAUACCACUUAUAUAGUUAUUCGCACAUACGAAGUAGUAUUUAUACAC